GUAAACCGCGACCACCUCUGGUGCUUUCCGUUCAAUUCACAACACUGAGCGUUUCGGGCGGUAAUUAUUUGUUUAUCCCAGAUACACAUUUCCCCCCUCAGAACACUUUUAUUCAAGGAUAAACCAGCUGGAAUCCGAAGAAACCGGAGUAGGCUAAUUAUCCCUGCAUUGUUGUGGAGGCAGCUCGGAGGAGGGGAUGGAUGCGAGGAGCAGAGGCGGCUUUCUGACGGACCCUGCUCCUAUGUGAUGCAGCUGUUUAUGCUGGAUGUGAAAAAAAACCGGACACCCUGACGACUGCUCUUAAAACGCUAACGGGCGAGAAAUCAGCGGCUAUUUGUUAUUCUGCACGUGUUGGGAUUGCAUAUGAAGAGCUGGGAAAGCCAUGUAGCCAGUGCCGUGCACACAGAGGGAGAAAAUACACCGCCGCUUUGAUUUUCUUAUUCACAUUCUCCUCGCUAGGGUGAUUCCACCGUUUGUUUUCUUCCUCCUAAACAGUUUUUUAUUUUGCUACAGACCUGCCCAGUGGGUUUUUUGAGUUUUGAGCGUGGAAAUCAAAUACCAACUCGGUAAUAUCACAGAAGUGUGCGAGGAGAGAGGACAGCAUUGGCAUCUAUCCAUGCGCGCUCCACACCGGGCUAUUUAUUAUGGAACUGUGACCCCAGUCGAGGUACCUACUACACACGUUUUUCUACAUCUACACUUUCUCUAAGGAUUUUCACCACGUAAGAACGGAGUAUUUUGACGGUAUCUUGGGUAAAAUGCUCGGCUGUUUUGCCGGCUGUCAGUGACGCAACAUCUCAAACAGACUGCAUGAGAAAUACAUGCGUAGAAGGGCGUGAACUUACAGACACUAACCUCCUUUCCCGUUUAUAAAGCAUCUGCUUAUCUAUAAAGCCAGUUUCCUCCGUGUGCAAUCCUAUACCCUUCAUUCAUCCCAACUCAUCCCGGGGCACUAUGGAUAUCAAAGAGGACUCUGAGGACAUGGACUACAAGCGGCCGGCUCCCAUCGAAGUUUUCGCCAGCAGGUCCACGCUGCAUGGCAUCUCGCACAUGUUCACUUAUGAGCGGAUGUGUAUCAAGCGCACACUGUGGAUUUUGUUUUUCCUGAGCUCCGUGGGUGUGCUGGUGAUGGUGUGCGUGGACCGGGUGCAGUUGUACUUCCAGUACCCUCACGUCACCAAGCUGGACGAGGUUUCGGCUCCGAUGAUGGUGUUCCCCUCUGUCACCUUCUGCAACCUCAACUCCUUCCGCUUCAGCAGGGUGACGCGCAACGACCUGUACCAUGCUGGGGAGCUCCUUGCCUUGCUCAACGGCAGGUAUGAGAUCCGGGACCCACACAUGGUGGAGGAACAUGUCCUGCAGAUCCUGAAGGAGAGGGCCAACUUUGACAACUAUAAGCCCCGCCCCUUCAAUAUGCGUGAAUUCUACGACCGGACGGGCCACGACAUCAAGGAGAUGCUGCUCUCCUGCACCUACCGAGGCGGCGAGUGCAGCGCCGACAACUUCAAAGUGAUAUUCACACGCUAUGGGAAGUGCUACACUUUUAAUUCAGGCCAAGAUGGACGACCUCUCAUGGUGACGAUGAAGGGUGGGAUGGGAAACGGCCUGGAACUGAUGUUGGAUAUCCAGCAGGAUGAAUACUUGCCUGUAUGGGGAGAGACUGACGAGACGUCGUUUGAAGCAGGGAUCAAGGUUCAGAUCCACACACAGGACGAGCCUCCGUUUAUAGACCAGCUGGGCUUCGGAGUGGCGCCAGGCUUUCAGACGUUUGUGUCCUGCCAGGAACAACGGCUGACGUACCUGCCUCCACCUUGGGGGGACUGCAAGGCCUCGGCGAUGGACUCAGACUUCUUCAACACUUACAGCAUCACAGCCUGCCGGAUCGACUGCGAGACACGAUACCUGGUGGAGAACUGCAACUGCAGGAUGGUCCACAUGCCUGGAGAUGCCCCGUACUGCACCCCGGAGCAGUACAAGGACUGUGCAGAUCCUGCCUUGGACUUUCUUGUCGAAAGAGACAAUGACUACUGUGUGUGCGAGACGCCGUGCAACAUGACGCGCUUCGGUAAAGAGAUGUCCUUUGUCAAGAUACCCAGCAAAGCAUCAGCAAAGUACCUCGCCAAGAAAUUCAACAAGACAGAGCAGUACAUAUCUGAUAACCUUCUGGUCCUGGAUAUCUAUUUUGAAGCGCUGAACUACGAAACCAUCGAACAAAAGAAAGCCUACGAAUUGGCAGGCCUUCUGGGUGAUAUCGGAGGUCAGAUGGGUCUCUUCAUCGGAGCCAGCCUCCUCACUAUUCUGGAACUCUUUGACUAUCUAUAUGAGGUGAUCAAAUACAAGCUGUGCCGAUGCGUGAAGAAGAAACACAAAGGCCGCAACAACAACGACCGGGGAGCUGUGCUGAGCCUGGAUGAUGUGAAACACAAUGCUCCUUGCGAGAACCUGCGUACACCAUCAACAUAUCCUGGCAACAUGCUACCCCAUCACCCGGGCCAAGCUAACUUUGAAGACUUCACUUGCUGAGCAGACCCCGGGGGGAAGCAUCCAAGUGCGUGUUAUGCAACCAAAGCCAACCAUACAAGAAGAACUAUCCAGCACGGGGGGAGUGUGAGGAACUGAUACAAAGUCUAACAGAGGCACUUUUUACAUAGAUACGGAGUUAAGCGGACAAAUCAAACACGACAAAGAACUGUCACCCAAGGCCGAGCGGAGAGGAUAUCCCAAAAAGAAAAAAUAUCUGUCAAUUUUCCGGAGAACAUUUCAUGCAGCACUCUUCUAUCUCUUGUGUAUCUCUGGAAUACUGCCGCAGAGGAUGUGGAGGAACCUUGCCAACACGGACCUCUCUAUCUCUUUCAAAAGACAACUAAAUUAAAUGUAAAAAUAAACAUGUACAGCUAUCUCACCAUAGACAGCAGAUCAUAAAAAA